AUGCAAAUAAAAAUAAAAGAUGUCAAGCAUUUAAUAGAAAGCUUAAAAAUAAAUAAAGAAAAAGAAUUUGAAAAGGAUCUUAAAAUUCUUUUAGAAAUAAAUUCGCAUAAUUAUAGAGCAAGUUCACAAAAUGAAAGCAAACAAAAUAGCUUUUUAAAUGAUAAACAACUGAAUAGUUACAUUGCAUACAUAGAAACUAUAAAGGAUAAUAUAAAAAGUAAAACAGUUUUUGAAAAUAGUUAUUUUGGUAAUAUAUUAAACUGUUAUCAUAAAAGUGAAGAAUAUAAUAAUGUUAUGAAUUUCAAUACAAAUAAUAAUAUAAAAAAUGAUAAAAAUUCGAUUUAUAAUAAAAAUUUAGUUAAUUUUUUUUUUAUGUAUUUAAUUCGAAAGUAUAGCGAAAUAGAAUAUUAUAAAUGGCUACAUAGUGAUUUUACAAAAAAAAAAUUAUUUAAUAACAUAGAUGAAAAUUAUACAAAUAAUUAUCUUAAUUCUUAUAUAUGUCUUUUAUAUAUUUAUUCUAAAAUUGUUGGAUAUAUAUUAUUAAAAAAUGAAGGAAUUAAUACUAAUUUAAUCCAAUUUUGUAAAAAAAUUCUUCUAAAAACAUCAGAAGAAUUAGAAAGUUUAUUCAAAAUCAGAAAAAAAGAUAUUCAUUCCAAUUUAACUCUAAAUAAUGUUAACUUAAUUAAAUAUGCAUAUUUUAUAAUUGAAAUAUUGUGUAAAAAUAAUAGCACAAAUUAUUUAAGUAUAUUAUACGUCUUAUAUUCCUUUGUAUAUAUUUUAUCUAAUUUUUUUUACACAUGUUCAUUGGGUAUUAAUACUGAAAAUUUUGAGAAACAAAUUCAAAGUAAUAUAAAUACAGAUAAUACUAUUACAAAUUCUGGAAAUAAGAAUGUUAACAAUUUGGAUAAAAAAGAAAUAUUUCAUAAUUCUAAUUCGAUAUCUUUACAUUAUAAUCAUAUGCGAAAAUAUGGAGAAUCCAAAUUUAUGGAAUUAAAUGAAAUGAUGUUAUAUUUUAUUUCUAAAAAAAAAUUAGAACAAUCUGAUUGCAACUUUGAAAAUAUAAUAAAAGAUUUAAAUAUUCUUAAAUAUGCUACUUAUUUAAAAAAAAAUAUUUUUUCCGAAAUUUUUAUGAACAAUCAGAAUAAUUAUAAAGAAAUUAGCACAAAAUAUGAAAUAAUUAUGAAUGAAAUAUUUAGAAAAAUAUGUAACUUUUCAGAUAUUAGCCCAUUAUAUUUAAAUAAAUUAUUUAAUAAUAAAGAAGACAAUGAAAAAUAUAUUCAAACAAAUAAUAAUAUAACAAUUGAUACAAACAAUAUUGUAAAAAAAGUAGAAGAAUGUUUAAAAAAAACGAAUUUUCACACAAGUCUAUUUGCUGAACCUGAAUUUAAUAUUGAUAUAAAUUUAUUUAAAAAAUAUUUAAAUAAAAUUAAUAUAAAAGAUGAAAAUGUUAUUUGUGAAGAAAAAAAUAAUUUCUUAAAAUAUUUUAACAAAUAUGAAAAUAUAAAAUUAAAUAAUUUUAUUAAUGAUUUUUAUUAUAUUGGAAUUGAUUUUGAUAAAACAAUUGCAAAAAAAGAUACUUAUUCUGCAUUUUUCAAACUAUUGAUUAGUAAAUGUUAUAAAUGCAAUUCAAAUGAAAACAUAGAUUUAUCAGAAGAUGAAAUAAAACUUUAUGAAAAUAUGAAUAUAGACAUAUUGAAUAAUAAAAAUAAUAAUCCAUUAAGUUUAGAAGAAAAAUGUUUAUAUUUAAAAAAAAUUGGAAAAUGGUAUUAUAUGAAUGAAUAUACUAUUUUUAAAGAACUUGAAAAAAAAAAAGAUAAAUCAGCACCCUAUUCAGAUUCCUAUUAUUAUUUUUUAAAAAAAAUUGAUAAUUUACAUAUAAAUAAUUCAAUGUUAUUAUCAUAUUAUGAAAUAUUUAAAGAUAUAAAUGUUGAUACUAUAAAUUCUAUAAUUGAUGAAAAUUAUGAAUUAUUUCAUUUAAAUGAAUAUUUCUUAGAAGUUUUUUUAAAUUUUAUUAAUUUUAAAAAAAAAAAUAUGAGCGAAUUUUACUUUGAUAUUAUUACAUUAAAUAUUAAGAAAAAAAUAUGUGCAUAUGCAAUACGGAAUCAUCUUAUCAAAUAUGAUAAGGAUUAUGAAAAAGUAACAGAUUAUAUUGAAAACAAUUUAAAUUUACAACAUGUUAAACAAAAUUAUGAUUCUGAAUUAAAAAAAUAUUUUAAUAUCUACUAUUCAAAACUCCACACUUAUGAUAAAAAUACAAACAAAUAUAAAGGAACUUUUGAAUAUGAUAAAUUAAAAAUAAAACAUAAUAAUUAUAACAAAGAAAAUAUAGUUGAAAAAAUAAACAUACUUUCUAUUUUUGAUAAAACUGUAGUUAUAAAUAAAGUGUUAUCAUUAUUAGAUAAUUUAAAUCAUAAGUUAUCUGCAUUUAUAGGGGAUAGUAUUAUAGAUUUAGAUGCAAUGCUUAGUGUCGAUAUAGGAAUUAUAUUAGGAAAAGAUACAUUUCUUUUUAAAUUUUGUGAAAAACAUGACAUUUUAAUAAAACCUUUGCCAUUUGCAUCGGAAAAAAUCGAAUAUUUGAAAACACAAAAAAAUGCAAAUAAUUAUACCAAAUCUGACAUAAAAGAAGAAACAAAAUUCAAUCCAAAUCAUCAAAGAAAUAAUGAAUUAUUUGAUAAUAAUAAUAAAAUAUUAUAUUCUACAGAAAGUUGGGCAGAAAUCGGAAUAUUCUUUUUUGGGGAUAUAUACAAUAUGAAAUAA